AUGGCCCAGGAAUACAAACUCAAGGAUAUCUCGUCCCUCUCGGGAAUCAACAACUUUGACAAGGUCGAGGCGGAAGUUGAGGGCGUGCAAGAUGGCAAAGUACUGCUAGUGAAAUAUGACGACAAAGUACAUGCCAUUAGCCCUAAAUGUACCCAUUACGGUGCUCCUCUGAAGCUUGGUGUGGUUUCGCCUGAGGGGAGAAUCACCUGCCCAUGGCACGGAGCCUGCUUUAAUGUCAAGAGUGGGGAUAUUGAGGAUGCGCCUGCACCCGCCGCUUUGAAUACGUUUGGCUUGACGGAGAAGAACGGCGCCGUUUACAUCCAUGGUGAAGAGUCUGCUAUCAAGACCGGCCAGCGCAUCUCAGAACACAAAUGCAGUGCCCAUGGCCCGGGAGGCCUGGUUAUUGUAGGAGGAGGGUCUGGUACCCUGGGGGUGAUUCUAGCCAUUCGAGAAUUGGGAUAUAGUGGAGCUAUUACGAUUAUCUCGCGCGAGCCCAACCUUAUAAUUGAUCGUACGAAGCUAUCCAAAGCUCUGAUUCCAGAUCCAGAGAAGAUCCAGUGGCGCUCCCCUGAGUGGUAUAAGGAAGUCGGGAUCGACAGCGUCUCUGAUGAGGUUACUUCGGUGGACUUUAGCCAGAAGAGUGUUGUUACCCGCUCUGGCAAGACUUUCCCUUAUACCAAGCUUGUUCUGGCCACUGGCGGUAUCCCGCGUAGCCUUCCCUUGGAAGGCUUCCAGCUCCUAGAGAACAUCUUUAAACUUCGCACAGUGACGGACGUUCAACACAUUCUCAACGCAAUAGGCAAGGAAAAGAAGAAGAAGAUUGUCGUCAUCGGUAGCUCCUUCAUCGGUAUGGAAGUCGGCAACGCUCUGUCUAAGGAGAACGAGGUCACCAUCGUCGGCCAGGAACAAGCCCCAAUGGAGCGCGUUAUGGGCGUUGAAGUUGGUCGCAUCUUCCAACGCAACCUAGAGAAUUCGGGUGUGAAGUUCAAGCUUUCCGCCGGCGUUGCGAAGGCAACUCCGUCUAAUGAAGAAUCCCGCAAGGUUGGCGCUGUGCAUCUCCAGGACGGUACCGUGCUCCCAGCCGAUGUUGUCGUCCUGGGUGUCGGUGUCCGCCCAGCAACCGACUUCCUCCAGGGUAAUCCAGCCGUCACACUCGAGAAAGAUGGUUCCAUAAAAACAGACGAGCACUUCGCUGUUCCCGGCUUGAACAAUGAUGUCUUUGCAAUUGGUGAUAUUGCAACGUACCCUUACCACGGACCAGGCACAGACCCCGAGAAAGGCACAUACACUCGCAUCGAACACUGGAACGUCGCUCAAAACGCUGGCCGUAGCGUCGCCUCCUCGAUCCUCCAUACUCUCAAUGACUCGUUACCCUUACAGAAAACCAAGCCAAAGGUCUUCAUCCCCAUCUUCUGGUCCGCGCUUGGUGCGCAGCUGCGUUACUGCGGGAACACGCCAAACGGAUGGGACGAUCUGAUCCUGAAGGGUGAGCCUGAAAAUGCUAAGUUCGCAGCUUUCUAUUGCAAGGGCAAUACGGUUGUUGCUGUUGCCACCAUGGGGAUGGACCCAGUUAUGGUAAAGAGUGCGGAGUUGAUGCGCAGGAACAAUAUGCCGUCGAAGAAGGAAAUUCAGGAUGGCGUAGAUGUUUUGACAAUCGGGAUGCCUCAGGGUGUGGGAAUUUAG